AUGCUAACAAUUUCUCUCUCUCUCUCUCUCUCUCUCUCUCUCUCAUCCCUUUGCUCACAAUUUCUCUCUCUCGUCCCUUUGCUCACGAUUUCUUCUCUCUCUCUCGUCCCUUUGCUCACGAUUUCUCCUCUCUCUCUCGUCCCUUUGCUCACGAUUUCUUCUCUCUCUGUCCCUUUUCUCACGAUUUCUUCUCUCUCUCUCUUUCUCUCUCUCGUCACUUUGCUCACGAUUUCUCUCUCUCUCUCGUCUCUUUGCUCGCUGAUAUCUCUCUCUCUCGUCCCUUUUUUUUUUGCGAUAUCUCUCUCUCUCGUCCCCCUUUGUUUCGCGAUAUCUCUCUCUCUCUCGUCCCUUUGCUCGCGAUUUCUCUCUCUCUCUCGUCCCUUUGCUCGCGAUUUCUCUCUCUCUCUCGUCCCUUUGCACGCGAUUUUCUCUCUCUCUCGUCCCUUUUGUGAUGUUUUUCGUCCCAACGCGAUUUUCUCUCUCUCUCGUCCCUUUGCACGUGAUUUCUCUCUCUCUCGUCCCUUUGCACGCGAUUUCUCUCUCUCUCGUCCCUUUGCACGCGAUUUCUCUCUCUCUCGUCCCUUUGCUCGCGAUUUCUCUCUGUUUCUCUUCAUUUUGCUCGCAGUUUCUCUUUCUCUCUCUCGUCAUUUUGCUCGCGAUUUCUCUUUCUCUCUCUCGUCAUUUUGCUCGCGAUUUCUCUUUCUCUCUCUCAUCACUUUGCGGUUUCUCUCUCUCUCUCCCUCGUCACUUUGCUCGCAGUUUCUUUCUCUCUCGUCCUUUUGCGUAAAAAAAAUAAUGAAUAUUUGA